AUGAAAACUUAUCUGCUUAAAAUUAAUAUUAUUGAUCAUAUAUAUUAAAAAAAUCAUUUUUUGUCAACUAAAAACUUAAUGGAUUAUAUAGAUUACACAGAGAUAAGAUUUUAAUUUAUAGGUGUACGAAAGCAUUUUUUCUCAGAUAAAUAAUAUUAUGUUUCUGUUUUUGAUGAUUGCUUUGUGAUGGGAGCAGUAACGAUAAAUUAUUAAACGAUAGACACCCCAUACAUAAUAACCAAAGUACACAAUUAAGUUUGGUUUCUCUACAAAAAUUAGAUGGAACAUAAAAAAAACUAAAUAAGGACUUUUAUUUGAUUCAUUUAGUUUUCCAUAUAAGCAAGAGAUGAAGGUAAUGAGUGCUAAUCAUGAUAAUUUGAUUAAGUAAAUAAUGAUUCAAAGAUAAAACAUAGAUUCAAAGAAAUGAUAAGUUUGAAGGUAACUUUUGAUAACAUAAAUGAUUUGUAUGAACCUCUGUCUUUGAUAGGGAAAGGAAUUUCAGCCAAAGUCUAUAGUGCUUCAUAAAAAUUAGAUUAAAAGAUUUAUGCAAUCAAAGCUAUAGAGAAGGCAUUUUUGAAACAACAAAAUGAAUCUGGUUAAGUAUUAAAAUAAGUUGAUAUAUUCAAAAGGCAGCAUUCAAAAUGGAGGUUUCCAUUUUAAAAACUUUAGCGAAAUUCCCCGAAAAUUUUCUAACAUUAAAAGAAAUUUAUGAAGGGGAUUAAGUUCAUUGCUUAGUCACUUCAUUUUUGGAAGGAUCAAGUUUAACAUAAGAAUUUGAUCGUUUAAAAGUAAAUUAUAAAUUUAAGAAUAGACAUCAGACAUGUUUAGAUUUCCUAUACAUUAAACAAAGCUUAUAAUGAAAAAAUUACUCACAAAUUUAGCAGUCUUGCAUUAAAAUAAAGUAUAUUUCUUUUUAUUGUUAGAUAAUACAUAGAGAUUUGAAACCUGAUAAUUUAAUGUUUUCAAAAAAAAAUGACUAUUCGACAUUAGUCUUAGUAGAUUUUGGUCUCGCAACAUCAGAAUCUAUGGAAAAGUAAAAUAUGAAAAUAUAUUUAACAAAAGAUUUCUUUUUCCAAAAUGUGGUACACCUGGAUAUGUAGCACCUGAAAUUUUAACUUUAAAACCUUUUAGUAGAUAUACAACAAAAGUUGAUAUAUUUAGUUGUGGUUGUAUUUUUUAUAAAUUACUUACUGGUAAAAAUUUAUUUGGAGGUAUCUCUUUCGAUGAGACACUUAAAUAAAAUAGAAUGUGUUAAAUAGAAUUCAAUCUUCAGUUUGAUUAAUAGUAUAUAACAGAACAAUCUAUUGUAAUAGUAUUAAUUAAUAUUUAGAAUUUAUUAUAACAAAUGUUGAUGAUAAAUCCAAAACAUAGAAUAACUGCAAAAGAUGCUCUCUAUCAUCCUUUCUUUGAUUAAAAUCUUGAAUAAAAUAUCUUUUAAUAAGCCCUAAUAUUUUCCCCAAAAAGAUCAACUAAGAUAUUCUUAAAUGCUAAGUAAGAAGAGCAAUAAUCUGAUUUGGAUAGUUUUUAAGAUGAUAAAAUAAGUAAUGAAAAAUAAAUUGAAGAAUCAAACUUUAUUUAAUUACCAAAGAGUAAGAGAUGCUCUUUAAUGGGGGAUUUCUCUUUAUUGUCUUAAUCCCCUUGUAAAUUCUUACAUGACACUUAAUAAUUUUACUAAAAAGAUCCACUAUCUGGAUUUAGGUGCAUUAAAGUAACCUAAAGUCCUUAAGUAUCUUAAAUAUUGGAUUGA